UAAGCAACAUCAAAUCUUGUCAAGUGACCAAGGCUGGAGCAGUCAGCCCUCCACCGACAGUGCCGACAGCUUUUUAAACAGACUGGAGCAGGGCUUCAGAUAAGAGAAACAGGAAAAUGGGAGACAGUAACAUUGAACUCUCAGCCAUGGAGGUUGAAAUGGGAUCUGCAAAAAGUGAGAUGUUAUUAGAAGGAAUGAUUAAAUCUGAUGCUGAAAAUGAGGCCACUGCAGAUUUUGCACCAGCACAAAUGAAUCAACAAACUACAGCAAGGACUUUCCCUGGAAGGAGACUCAAGAACCAGUUUCAAACUAAGGCACAGCAAAAUCAAGAAGGAACCUACAGAUUCAGAAACAGACGAUUUGGACAGCAACGCUACAGACAAAAAACAUGGAAUUUCAAACAAAGGUCAGAUUCAGAACAAACAGGAGACUCGCUGAAAGGUGCAGGCUCUCUAAAUCGUCGGGUAUCUACCAGCCAAAUGGAAACAUCUAACACAAUACCUGCUGUGACAAUUAAUCAGUUAAGAGGGCAAAGAAGACCAUAUCAGAAACAGAGGAGAUUUCAGAAUGUUUCUGCUACACAAACAAGAAUUCCAGGAAAUAACACGGGAGCAAGGCUGCAGAGACAGCAGGCACAAAGGCAACAGCGACAGAUUGAGAUGAACCUAAGCAGAGAAUUUCUACAGGAUGAUGGGAAGAAAAGAGUGCAGGCAAGGACAGGAAGUAAAAGGUGGCAGAGGCAAACAGCUCCAGCGUCCACACUAAUGGUUUCUGUUCAAAAUCCACAAGCUAGUCAAAGGAAAAUACCUCAGUAUAAAGGACCUAGAGGCCCAGUUUCAGCAAAUACAUAUGACACAGCACGACAACCAAAAGGAGUAUGGCUGAAAUUCAACUUUCGAGCCAUGGCCAAUCAGACUAAAGUCACCUUGAAUGAGCGAUUCUCUAGUCUGAAGAUUAGAGGAUCCACCACAGCACCAAGAAGAGGCAUGAGGACAGUUACUCUCGCAUAAAAUUGAACUUUGUUCUUUAAAGUUUAUUUAGUUUGCUUUAGUACUCUACCAUACAUUAAAGAAUGAAAUGAAACUUUGUAAACUGCAUUUAAGUUCAAGCUAAAACACCAGCUUUGUAAGUCAUAUAUGAAUAAUAACACUAAAAAAGAGAGAGAGAAAAGAAAAAAAUGGCAAUUAUAGCUUAGUAAUGCUUUACUCAAGACUUCCUUACUGUUUUGAAUACUCUGUUGUCCACUAUACCUCCUUCAUUUCAGUGAUGAACUGAUCGAAUAAUGUAUGUAAAGACCAAAAGGUAUAAUAUAAUAUGAGAAUGAUAUGCUGGUUAACCACAGAUAGAUUUUCUAUCUAAAACAGGCAUUCAGUAUACAAAAAAUGGAUCAGGCACAAUACCAGCUCAGUAUAAACUGGCUAGUUACAGAUAUUCAAAAGGCAAGUCACCUUAUCAGAAAAGAAGAAAGAAGAUAUUGUAGUAUUUCAACUGACCACUUCAAUGCUGCAAAGGCAUGCAUUAUGAUAAACUCUCCAUAAAUACAACAAAUAUAACAUUUCAGCCAGAUCUAUUAGCCAAUCUCCUGAGUCAGAAGGCUUUAGUACCAUGUUAAGAACAGCUGCAGCAGUGUAACAUGGAUAUACACAUCUGGUACAGUUGUACCAUAACAGAAUGCUAUUUCAUGCUGUGUAGGAUUAUGUUUUUCUGUAAUAUUCUGGUACCAGAAGUGUGUUAUGGUUGUCAUUCUUACUAAUGCAGCUACUGAAAAAUUAGGUAUCACAGUGGCACCCCAACAUAUGGGACAAACAACACUGCUGCUUUUUUGUUAAAUUUCACAUUUCCUGACUUGCAGAUUUUUUUUUUCUUUUUUUGGUCUUGCUUGACUUAAUGUAUGCAAACUAACACCCCUUUCUCAAUGAACUUGAGCCCACUUGUUCCCUCAGAUUGGGAAUCCCAAGGGACAAGAGUCCUCUGGAGGGCCAUUAUACAGGCAGCUAUAAGGGUGCUUAUUGCCCUUCCCAAUAUUACAAACACAAUGGCAUAUAGCAUAAGCCCCAACCCCCUUUCCUGUGAAUGGAACAUGUCAUCUGCUCCACAGCAGGAGCCACAAUGCAUUCCACAUGUGAGUACAAACUCCCGUGUACCUGGAAUAAGGGUCAUGAUGUUUGCAGCUUCAUGGCUGAAUGCCCAAGCCAGUACCAUCCUUUACAAUACUGCCUUUAUCCAAGGGAAAUGUCAUUUUGGAUGGCUCUAAUCCAUCCUCUCCUCCAGGAUAGCCAUGCCUAACCUCCCCUUGCCACUAGUCGAACUCUGGUCACCUGAGCUGCAGUCAGAGUUUUAUCCUAAUAUGCCACAUAAAAUACAUACGGGUUUGAGUUUAUUGUAUACAUUUCUCAAGUACAGGAAGAGGGAUGUGUAGAUAUCCUCCAUGUUACCUAUCUAAGGCAACAAUGAGGCUGCAUCAUGUGAAAUACACACAUGCACAUCAUUCACAGACAGCAGCACAAAUCAGUCUGGCUGCCCGAAUGGUGCCACUGAAGUACAAGUACUGCAUACCAAUAAUUACCAAGCCAAACACAGAUCCAAAAAGCGAGCUCUUUAUCUGAAUGCAUAUCCAUUGCCUAGUGGUAGUGCCAUAAUCAUGGACAAUAAUUCAGCACAGUCAGGGGGGACAUCUGUAAGUAGGCAGGUAUGAUACAAGAUUUUUUUUUUUGAUGGGGGCCCAACAGCAGUGGCCUUGAAGCAGCACUCUGCCACACUGCUGCUGACAGGAAGGGACAUGUGAUACAUUUAUUUUAUGUUGCAAGAUACGUCAGCAGGAAAUCUGACUAUCAUCCAGGACGAGCCAAAGUGCCAUAUAAGGCAAAGCAGAAUACAAGCAACAAAUAUAACAGUCUGAGGCCUUAGGGUGAUAUAUGACAUCCCCAACUUUGUUUUUCUCCUACACUUUUCCCACAGAUCAUGUUAAGCAAUUAUUUUACGUUAGCAGUCAACAUAACAGCUGUAAACACAGUGACAUCUGAUGAGGGGGAAAAAAGUCGGGGCACUUAAUACAUUCGCAGAGCCAAUACAGUGCUUGCACCAUCUGAACCACAUACUACCAACUGAUGAAACAAAGGAAUGCAGAAUUUAUGCACAUUUGGUAUACAGACCUUGUCCUUCCUGCUACAGAUAUUUGUGUAUACUGCAUAUUAUGUGAGUAAUCUGGCUGGGGAUUAACAGACAUAUGUGUGUGGUGAUGUCAGACGCAGCGUUUGUUAUUGGUUACAUAACAGAUGCACAGAAACACACAAAUGCAGGAGCAAGAGUACGCACACACAGAAACACACACCUCACACAAAAACACAUACACAUGCCCACACAACAACAUACACACACUGGUACACAUUAUAUUCUAGAGGUAAGUCAGCAUACCAUAAACUCUUAAAUGAAACUUAUAAUUGUGCAUAUAAGGAUGCUAUCACAAAAUAUCUCCACUAUCCCAGUCUGUUGGAUUUUC